UGGUNCCGGGCCCUUCAGGGCGCUGCGAGGCAGCGGCGGCCGAGCGGGAAGGCGGCCCAGGGGCUGCAGGCACGGCCGGGCAGGAAGAAGGGAAAGGCAUCUGAACACAAAGAUCAGCUCUCCAGGCUGAAGGACAGAGACCCUGAGUUUUAUAAGUUUCUGGAGGAGAACGAUCGCAAGCUGCUGGAUUUUGAUGCCUCAGACAGCUCUGAGGAGGAGGAGGCUCUGCACAGACCCCCUGAUACACUCGAGGUAGCCAGUGAUGAAGAUGAAGAUGAUGAAGAUGAAGAACAAGAAAAAGUCAAAAGGAAGAAAGUUUCCUUCAUCCAUGUGAGCUUGAAAAUGGUGGAGGAAUGGAAGAAAGCUGCCCAGAGGAAUCUCACCCCAAAACUCUUCCAUGAAAUCACCCAAGCCUACAAGGCAGCUGUGGCCACCACCAAAGGUGACAGUGGUGGCGACCCCAGCAAGUUCCAGGUGACUGACACUGCAGUGUUCAAUGCCCUGGUGUCCUUCUGUAUCCGGGACCUCUUCCUCUACCUGCACAAGCUGCUGCUCCCCAAAGCCCCCAAGAACAAACUCAAAAUGGUUCUCCCUUCCACCAGCCCCCUCUGGGGAAAGCUACGACUGGACAUCAAAGUUUAUCUUGGCUGUACCAUAAAACUGCUGUCAUGCCUGACUGAGGCCUCAGUGGGUGCAGCAGUCCUGCAGCACGUGAAUUCCACAGUUCCAUAUUACCUGUCCUUCCCAAAGCAGUGCCGGGCCCUCCUCAAGCAAACCAUCACUCUGUGGAGCACAGGGGAGGAGACAGUCCGAGUCCUGGCCUUCCUGGUGCUGAACAAGAUCUGCAGGUACAAGAAGGAGGUUUACCUCAGCCCCCUGCUCAAGCAAAUGUACAUUGCCUUUGUGAAGAACUCCAGGUUCACCUCUCCCAACGUGCUGCCCAUGAUCAACUUCAUGCAGCGCACGCUGACGGAGCUGCUGGCCCUGGACACACACACCUCCUACCAGCACACCUUCAUCUACAUCCGCCAGCUGGCCAUCCAUCUGCGCAGCGCCAUGACCCUCAGGAAGAAGGAGAACUUCCAGUCAGUCUAUAACUGGCAGUACAUCCACUGCCUGUACUUCUGGUGUCGAGUUCUCAGCACCAUCCACCCCAGUGAGGUCCUGGAGCCCCUGAUCUACCCCUUGACACAGGUCAUUAUUGGCUGUAUCAAGCUGGUGCCAACAUCUCGGUUCUACCCCCUGCGCAUGCACUGCAUCCGUGCCCUCACCCUGCUGUCCCAGAGCACCAGGACCUUCAUCCCUGUGCUGCCCUUCAUCCUGGAGGUUUUCCAACAAGUGGAUUUCAACAAGAAGCCAGGACGGAUGAGUUCCAAGCCCAUCAACUUUGCUGUGAUCCUGAAGCUCUCCAAUGCCAACCUGCAGGAAAAGGCCUUCAGGGAUGGACUCAUUGACCAGCUCUAUGACCUGAUGCUGGAAUAUCUCCAUGGCCAAGCCCACAGCAUUGGCUUCCCAGAGCUGGUUCUCCCCACUGUCAUCCAGCUGAAAUCCUUCCUGAAGGAGUGCAAGGUUGCCAACUACUGCAAGCCCAUCCGGCAGCUGCUGGAGAAGGUGCAGGAGAACUCAGCCCACAUCUGCAGCAGGCGGCAGCGAGCGGCCUUCGGCGUGGCCAGCACCGCGGCCGUGGAACAGUGGGAGAAGCAGGUGAAGGAGGAGGGAACGCCCCUGACUAAAUAUUACACUCAGUGGAAGAAGCUGAGAGAGAAGGAGAUCCAGCUGGAAAUCAGUGGCAAGGAAAGACUUGAAGACUUGAACUUCCCAGAAAUCAAGCGCAGAAAGCAGGAUGAGAGAAAGGAGGAGGAUAAGAAGGAAUUCAAGGAUCUCUUCGAGCUGGACAGUGACUCUGAGGAGGAGAAUGGUGGAUUCUCUGUGAAAGGGAAGGGCAGAGCCAGGCAGGCCUCAGAUGACAGCUCAGAAGCCAGCAGCAAGGAGUUUGGGGAGGAGGACGAUGAUGAAGAAGGAAAUUACGAAGUGGAGGAAGAAGAGGAGGAAGAACUGGAAGAAGACAGCGACUCAGAGGCAGAGGAAGGCCGGGAAGGAGCCCGGGAUUCCCGGGAUUCCCGGAGCUGCCCCCGGGGGCUGUCCCGCUCCGACCUGCAGCAGCUGGCACAGGGUGGGGACGACGUCGUGCAGGACCUGCAGUUCUCUGAUGAGGACUGAGCACCUCCAGCCCCUCUCCAGCCUGCAGCACCUGGAGCUGCUGGCAGAGCCAGAACACGGCUGGGACCAGCCCCAGGUGCCACCCAGGACCUGCUGGGUGACACAACUUGGACUUUUCAACUCAACUUGGACUGUUCCAGCUUUUUCUACCAGCUCUGUUUUUGGUACCAAUAAAACCGUGGCCAAGUCAAGGCCAGUAAAAACUGCUCAGCAGAGGGAAUAAAAGCCCCUCAUUAAAAUCUGCUGCUUUCAAUAGCACAGAGUUCACUUCCAGCCUCUGCUAAGUGAGCUGAGCAAGGGAAGGACGAGGCUUUUGUCCAAGGUUCGCCUCUCUGCCCCACCAACCACCCCAGAGUAGCUCUGGGGCCCUCACCAAACCCUUCCUGGUGCCCAGAAGGCCCCAAGGACUGCACAGACUCUUCCAGAGCUUUGCAGCUUCCAUGGAAGCCUUGAUCAGUUCAAGCUGGCUCUAAGAGUGCUGCAGAAGGAAACUUUAAAGUUCCACAUUGUGCAGGCAUGAAGGAAUAAGGCAAAAUUGUUCAUGUAGGAAACUGCCCAGGUGAGAACUGCACCACUGUAAAUGUAAAAGUUUUCACUUUGAAAGAGAUAUUAACUUACCUGUUCUGCCCAAAGAAAAAGGGAUUCCUUUUUUCUCCUGGCUCUAACUUAGCUGGGCAAGGUCCUGGCUGCCUUCUGCCAGCUGGGAACCAAGCCUGGGAUUGGAUUCCAGGCAGGAAUGUGGCAGCUCAGCUGCACCUGUGGGGAGGCACCUGGCCCAGGUGGGCACCCAGGAAAGCAAAAACAGAGACUGCUUGGGUAAAGCCAGGUACCAUUUGUAAAUUAAGUGUUUUUCUUUUUUAUUUAAAUUGAUUGCUGGAAAGCAUUUUUAUCGUGAUGUGAUGGAUAAUGAUUUUUUUUUCCUUUUUUUACAAUAUAAAGAAGCUAAAGUACCACCAAAGCUAUUCUGUAAGAAAAACGGCAGCACGUGCAACGUUUAAACAAAAAACAAACCCAAAAAAAAGGGGGGUGGGGGGAGAGAGAGAAAAGUACCACAUGUGAUUGUUGUUCACAACUGUACAAGUCACAGGAGGUCACCCCCAGGAGUUCCCAGCUCAUUCACAGUAGUAAAAACUCUGCCCAUUGUUUUCAGCCUGCCCCCCUGCCCUGCUCCCAGGGCUGUGUCUCGUGCUCCACAGCAGGCCAGAAUGUGCAAUACAUCCACCUCUGUAACAAGGCUUCAAAUAAAACCAACCCCAGCUGCAGCAAUGAGCCUGGGGCAGCGAGGCUGGGACCCCUCCUCCCCCAGAGCAUCCCUGCUGCUGCUCCUGGAACCCCAGCGUGCCGUGGAAAACAGCUCCCAGUGCCCUCCUGGCACUGCCAGGCCCCUGUGCCAGGGCAGGCUGCCUCGGUACCAUCCGCACAAAGUAAACAUGGACGGGAACUUGCCUUUU